CUCUCACCAGGCUCACUAUGGCUGAUACCACUGUCCAGACACCUCGAAAGACUACCGAUGCGUCCGCUGAAAAGCGCUCGCUCGUCCGCAGGCUUGCCAAGCGAUCCCUGAACUUGCUCCGACGUACAAGCAACCUUGACCAGAGCGGGGUCGAUAAUAUGAUCCAAGCCCUUGAUCUUGCGGGGAAGGAAAAUACGCAGACAGUCCCACGCGCUCUAGGCGAGCUCAAUCUUGAGGAGGUUCACACCAUUUUUAAGCUCACUAAGCUCACCGAUCGGAAUGAGCAACCAGGCGAUCGAUGGCGCUUGGUAUCCCUACAGGCGAUCUACGAACCAUGGCCAGAGUUCGAUGAAUUCUACGACUUCCUCAUGAAAGCCCUCACCUACAUUGACGCCGCCAACAACGGCUCCCAGAACAGUGAGGCGCAAAUUCGCUCGCGCUUGGACCAGAUCCUCGGCUUGGUGCUUGGGUUCGCGAAGAUGGAAGGCCAGCUCAUCACGCACAAUGAGGUAUCUUGGGGACGCGAGACACAUUUCCGCCAUAAUGUGGAACUUGACUCUAAGCAGGUCCACCUAACCGGCCGGCCAGAUUACGCACUCUGGUAUGGAGCACAAGCCGACCUUGAGACUAAUCUGGUCAUUGUGGAGGCGAAGAGGCAGGAUCGUCUGAGCACGGCUGAGUCCCAGUUACUUGCUUACAUGGGUAAGUCGCUUAUCUUGUAUACCGAAAGCAUCGCGGACUUAGUUAUAGGCCUCGUCCAUUCCGGCCGACUCGAGCGAGAAAAGGAAGAUACGACUGUCUACGGGAUCUCGAGCGACAGUUACACCUUCAACUUCUACCGGAUCAGCGAAACAAGCAAGUGGUGCAAGAAGCCUAUGAUCUGGGGUCAAAGCAAGGCUGAGACCAGAGAGAUCAUUGGUUACCUCCUGACUAUCUUCCACGAGACAUCCACGCAAUCCCCGGUAGACCCGGGAAGGUCCCGGCGCCAAUUCAGUAGCUCGGCCGGUGAUGACGAGGCGAUGGACAUAGAUAACAGAUAG